CUACGCACGGCCGGGGGUGAUGACCACCUAGAAGAAACCAAGAUUGGAAUCGGCUUUACAGAAAUAUUUCUUCAGAACAUCCCCUCAACAUAGACAUCCCAACACUUCCUCCCUCUCCAUUACUCACAUCCGACAUCAGAUCAUAUACCCCUGACCCAUCUCAGCAAAGCUUUCGACAGUACCUAACCUAACCUAACCACACCUCCAAAAACGGCAAAACCAAACAAUGCCCAUCCCCUCCCCCACCCAACUAACCACCUUCUCCUCCCUCCCUCUUUCUGGCGACUCCUCCUCCCCCUCCCCGCCAGAGACAGUCCCCGACCACCAGACAAACCAAGACACCUAUCUCUUCGCAACCAUCAAAUCCAACCUCACCAUCACCAAACCCACUUUGAUCCUCACCGACUCCGCCUCGCAGGACUUUGCGCUCGUCUUUGAUCCCCCUUCCGCUGUCGUUUCCUCCGGGCCGUAUACCCCCGAUGCCGUGGCUGAUAAGUUCAAACAGCUCGGUCUCAAAAAGGGAAAUACGGUUAUCAUCAAGAAUGCGAGGAGAACCACCAAAAAAGCAGCGGGGAGGGAAGAAGGGCAGGGGUUUGUGGUUUUGAGGUCUUUGGGGCGUUUGCUUACUCAUGGAGAAGGAGAGGGGAAAGGGGAGGGGAAGGAAGGAGAGGGGAAGGAAGGGGAGGGAAAGGAAGGGGAAGGGGAACUGUUGGGCGUUGUUCCUUCUGGGAUGUUCCUGACUAGAGUGAUGAUGGAUAUUUUGAGACAGCGGGAUGAGAGUUUGCCUGGGGAUAGAGAGGAGAAGAUGUGCGAUGGGAAAUUUGAUGGGUAUGUGACGCCGGAGGGAAAAGAAGAAGAGGGGGGGUUGAAGAGGUGCCAGGGGUGUGUGGAGGUUUGGUAUUGUUCCAAGGAGUGUCAGACUAGGAGGUGGAUUGCGCAUAAAUCCGAGUGUAAGACUAUCAAGGCUUUGAGGGGGAUUUGGCCUAGGCCUGAGGGGGUGGAAUUAGUUCUUCGGGGGAGAUGAUGGUUGAUUGCUUGAGCUGGAGAAGAGUAUAAAAAAUACGAAAAACGACUAAGCCUACUUCCCACUAUCAUCCUCCUUCAGCGGCUCCUUAUCAUCUACCUCCUUCUCAGCUUGCUCGCUUGUUUCCACCACCUCCUGUUUCUCUGGCUCCUCCAAAACCUCACGAUACAUAAUAUCCGUCCUAACACUAUACUUGACCCCCUUCACCACAUCCGCGCCC